AUGGAGCGACUGCUGACGAGUCUUCACGACUUGCUGGCUCCGGACCCGCCCCCUCCGUCCGGCGCCGUCACACCGCUAUCUUUCUUCUCCAUGGCUCUCAAGUGCUCCGUACUGUACAACGUAGCGUGUGGCCUAGCCUACCUCCACGAGAGAUCGCCGCCCGUCAUCCACCGCGACUUGUCGGCAGAAACGUUCUCCUGGACUCGGAUAUGGUGGCCAAGAUAG